AUCCAUCUCCAGAAUGUUUUAGAAAAAGAACGUCAACAAUCGUGCAAUCGCCGGGCGAUUUAAAACAAAAAUAACACGUCAACACUAGUUUUCCAGCAUGUCUCUGGAGUGUAAAAUCCCGCUUGACCAACCGGAGGGUUCGAACGCCGGCCGCCGGAUUGCACUGAUAACCGGCAUCACCGGACAGGAUGGUUCCUACCUGGCGGAGUUUCUGCUCGCAAAAGACUACGUAGUCCACGGAAUCAUCCGGCGGGCCAGCACGUUCAACACGUCUCGCAUCGAGCACCUGUACGCGGACCCAAACACCCACAAGCAGGACCGGAUGAUUCUGCACUACGGCGACAUGACCGACAGCAGCUGCCUGGUGAAGAUCAUUUCGGCCGUCCGUCCGACGGAGAUCUACAACCUGGCCGCGCAGAGCCACGUCAAGGUUUCGUUCGACCUGAGCGAAUACACGGCCGAAGUGGACGCCGUGGGGACGCUCCGCCUGCUGGAUGCCAUCCGGACGUGCGGGUUGGAGAAGUCGGUCAAGUUCUACCAGGCCAGCACGUCGGAACUGUACGGGAAGGUCGUCGAGACGCCGCAGAACGAAAAAACUCCGUUCUACCCGCGGUCACCGUACGCUUGCGCCAAACUGUACGGCUACUGGAUCCUCAUCAACUACCGUGAGGCGUACGGGAUGUUCGCGUGCAAUGGGAUCCUGUUCAACCAUGAAUCACCGCGACGGGGGGAAAACUUCGUGACCCGCAAGAUCACACGCUCGGUGGCGAAAAUCUUCCUCGGUCAGCUGACCUGCCUGGAGCUGGGCAACCUCGACUCCAAGCGUGACUGGGGCCACGCCCGGGACUACGUCGAAGCGAUGUGGCUGAUGCUGCAGCAGGACGAAUCGCAGGAUUACGUGGUGGCCACCGGGGAGUGUCACUCGGUGCGGGAGUUUGUCGAGGAGGCCUUCAGGUGCAUUGACCGCGGCAUCGAGUGGCGGGGCAGCGGCGUGGACGAGGUGGGCGUCGAAAAGGGAACGGAGGUGGUGCGGGUGCGCGUCAAUCCGCGGUUCUUCCGACCGACCGAGGUCGAUCUGCUGCAGGGGGACGCGAGCAAGGCCAAGCGAGAGCUCGGCUGGGAGCCGAAGGUAUCGUUCCUGCAGCUGGUCGCCGACAUGGUGGCCGCGGACAUCGAGCUGAUGAAGCGCAAUCCGACCGCUUAGGUUUGGUGUAGUUUUAGGGCCAAAGAUAGUUUUUUUAUUUUAGCGUGUGUGUUUAUGUGAGUGGUAAGUUUGAUCAAGUCACGAACAAUUUUAACAUUCCUGUCAGUAGUUUAGAGUUAAAUGAACUAAAUUCGUACAGUUCCUUACUUUUUGUGACAUGUAUUAAAACAUUGAACUGUUUUUU